AAACCCAAAAUGUCAAAUUCUUUGAAGUAAUUUAUUAUUUAAUAUUUUGUUAAAAAAUUCGUAUUUGUACACGGCAAGCACGCGUGAAUUGAUUUUAAAGGAAGCCCAAUCGAGACUAAAAUGAAUAAUGAUGCGAAAAAUCAUGAUUGCGAUGACUUGAACUUGAAUUUAAAUAACGUGCGCUCUGCGUAUUUAAACAAAAACAAAACAAAGACAACAACAGCUGCAAAACCAACAACAACAACAGCAGCAGCAGCAUCAGCAGCAACAACAACUAUAACAACACAAAUUAAAGCUAACAGCGCAUCUGCACAAAGAAUUGCAGCAUCAAAGAACAACAACGUCAGACAGGUGAAUUACACCGGUCCGCGGAUUGCAGCCGCCCGACACUCGAUAGCGGCUGCGCUCAUUGCGAACAACAUCAAGAACAGCAAUAACAACAGCACUAAGAAGCAGGCUGUCAAGCAUGAGCCGACUGUUGUUGCCAAGGAUCUGACAACCAAUACAGCAGCAACUGCAGUUGAGCUGAGUCAAUUGAAGCAGAAAAGCACCAGCAGCAACAGCAGCAGCCACAACACAAGUGUCAGUUUAAAAGUUAACAGCAACAGCAGCAACAACAACAACAACAACAACAGCGCGUUAGCCACUGCCAAUACUAACAGUACUACCAGUUACAAUAACAACACCAACACCAACAACAACAACAACAACAAAAUGUCUAAAACUGCUGCCAGCAAAACAAACGCGCAAUGCGAUGCGGCUGCGGCCGCAUUCGUUACAGCUGGCACCACAACCACGCCCACAGCCACGCCCAUGCCCGCCACAACAACAGCAACAGCAACCACAACAAUAAGUGAAUCGGCAACCAUGAACGCACCCAUUGCGGCCGCUGCAGCCGCCAAAUUUCGAGCGGCUAUUGCCUCUGCGCCUGCGCCCGCGCCCGCACCCGCACCCACGCCAACCAGCUCGAAAAAAACGCGAGCUGCUUACGCAGCCCUCAAGCGGCAGGUAGCCAUGCAACAGCAGCAGCAACAAAAUGCCACGCCUUCUACUGGAGCAACAGGAUCAGGUGGAUCUGGUGCCGCCCCCGCUAGCAGCACAGACUCUGCGCAUUUGAAAUUCGCAGCAACAACUCUGCUAAUGGGCGCCGCUGCCGCUGCUGCCGAUAGCAACGCUGGCGCUGCUGUUGGCCUCGGUCUGCCGCCGCAAACGAGCAGCUCGGCGGCAACAGCUGUCGCUGUGCUCAAGCAAAAGCUGAAGGAUGUGGGCGCCAUUUCAAAUGCCGCUGCUGCCGCUGCAGCAGCCGCUGCGAAUCGUUCAGCCGCCGCCUCAUCAUCCACAUCCUCCAACUCCUCGCCACUGUCAUCGUCGGUGGGCAUUGUGAAUGCCAUUUCAUCGGCAUUGCAGAACAUCAUAACAACGGAUACAGAUACGGAUACUGAGUUCUAUCCGCAGCCCGUCACCACAGAUCUUUCUGAAUCUGAGGAGGAGUCUGUCUCCGAGAUCCUAUUGGCAUUCUUGUGUUUAAGGCCAGAUCUCCUGGAUGAUAUACCCGAGUCUGAUCGCGAUAGCUGUCCGCAUGAGGAAGGCGAAGUGCGCGAAGAUGAUGACGAGACGGAAGAGGAAUCCGAAGAUUCAGAUGAAUCUGAGGGUGAUGACGAGGAAGAAGAUGAAGAGAUUGACGUACUGCAAGAUAACGAUGCUGAUGAUGAGGACAUCGACGAUGAGGAUGAUGACGAAGAUGCGCCAGAGGUUAAGAACUUUAUGCUUGAGCCCAACAACAAGCGUUCAAGUAAUCUCACGGCCCUACUGGAGGCAGCCGCAAACGAGAAGGCACCCGUACUUCGACACGCCACCCACGCGAUCGAUGAGACGAAGCAGGCGCUAACCAAAAUGCGUUGUGCGAACAGUCCGCGCGACAAAAAUAGUGGUUUCUCGCGCAGCCUUGCCAACGCCUGCGCGGACAAUGAUGUCAACACGGUGAAGCGUUUACUUUGCAAAGGCAACUUAAAUGAAGCAGCAGCCUCCACGGACGAGGGCGAGUCGUUAUUGUCGAUGGCUUGUUCCGCGGGCUACUAUGAGCUGGCACAGGUUUUGCUGGCUAUGUCAGCAGCUCAAGUCGAGGACAAAGGCCAAAAAGACUCGACACCACUAAUGGAAGCUGCCUCAGCGGGACACUUGGACAUUGUUAAACUGCUGCUUAGCCACAACGCCGAUGUAAAUGCGCAUUGUACAACUGGAAACACACCUCUAAUGUUUGCCUGCGCUGGGGGUCAGGUGGACGUUGUGAAAGUGCUGCUAAAGCAUGGCGCUAACGUUGAGGAGCAGAACGAGAACGGACAUACACCGCUAAUGGAGGCUGCCUCUGCUGGCCACGUGGAAGUAGCCAAGGUGCUGCUCGAACAUGGCGCCGGUAUCAACACCCACUCGAAUGAGUUUAAGGAGAGCGCACUUACAUUAGCCUGCUAUAAGGGUCAUUUGGAUAUGGUGCGUUUUCUUCUACAAGCGGGCGCUGAUCAGGAGCAUAAAACUGAUGAAAUGCACACGGCACUAAUGGAGGCUUCAAUGGACGGACACGUGGAGGUGGCGCGCUUAUUAUUGGACUCUGGAGCGCAGGUUAAUAUGCCAACUGAUUCAUUUGAGUCACCGCUCACACUUGCUGCCUGUGGUGGUCACGUGGAGCUCGCAACGCUGUUAAUCGAGCGCGGCGCCAACAUUGAGGAGGUCAACGAUGAAGGGUACACGCCCCUCAUGGAAGCAGCGCGUGAAGGGCACGAGGAAAUGGUGGCACUGCUGCUCAGCAAGGGAGCUAACAUAAAUGCCACCACUGAGGAAACCCAGGAAACUGCCCUCACACUUGCCUGUUGUGGUGGCUUUAGCGAAGUGGCCGCUUUUCUCAUUAACGGAGGUGCCAAUUUAGAGCUAGGCGCUUCUACGCCACUCAUGGAAGCUUCACAGGAAGGUCACACCGAUCUGGUGCGCUUCCUGUUGCAGAACAAGGCUAAUGUGCACGCCGAGACGCAAACUGGAGACACAGCACUAACGCAUGCCUGCGAGAAUGGGCAUACAGAUGCUGCCGGUGUGCUUCUGUCGUAUGGCGCCGAACUGGAGCACGAGUCCGAAGGUGGGCGUACACCACUGAUGAAAGCCUGUCGCGCCGGUCACCUGUGCACUGUCAAGUUCCUCAUACAAAAGGGCGCCAAUGUGAAUAAGCAGACAACCAGCAAUGAUCACACUCCUCUCUCACUGGCUUGCGCCGGUGGACAUCAGUCUGUGGUUGAGCUGUUGCUCAAGAACAAUGCCGAUCCCUUUCAUAAGCUCAAGGACAACAGCACAAUGCUGAUCGAGGCCUCCAAGGGUGGCCACACACGUGUUGUGGAGCUGCUCUUUCGCUAUCCGCACAUCUCACCUACAGAUCUAGCUCCGGGCACAAGUUCCCAGACAGUUAAUCAAAUACGUCAGCAAAAGAUAUUGCAACAGCAGAUACAACAUCAGCUGCAGAUGCAACAGUUGACUGCCCCUCCCGGCCUGCACGAGGUGUCUGAGGCAGCACGCGCCAACAAUCAGCAACUGUUAUAUCAGCAGCAAUUCAGCGGCAAUUCCCCCAACAACAUUGUGGCCCUAGGCACUGGUGAUUUUCUAGAUGCUGGUGAGCUUCAGCUAACGGCGGCUACUGCUUCUAGCGUCACGGAUGCGGCAGCCACAGAGGAGUAUGUCUCUGCUGUGGGUGGUGCCGGUGGCGGUGGUAUUGACCUGACCACGCUGAGCGCACAACAGCAAGAGGGCCUUAUUGCCAAAUCGCGGCUAUUUCAUCUGCAGCCCGGAUUUGAGCAACAGCAACAAACGACACUGCCACCAACUGGUGCUCAGCUGGUACCCUGCAAGCAUUUUGAUCUGGACAUGGAGCACAUUAACUCGCUUACGCCUCCACAAAAGGCACCGCCAGCGCCACCUGUUCUCUUGCACACUGUUUGCCAGCAACCUGUUCUACAGCAACAACAACAGCAUCAGCUGCAGCAACAGCAGCCAAAGCUCAAGGGUGUUGGUUCUCGCAAGAAUCGCCAGCUUUUAAACGAGCUGAAGACUAUUGGCUUACCGCUGGAGGCAAUUGAUUUGCCGCUGGAACAGCAUUCUGAUCAAGUGCGCUCACAGCCCCUAGGCGAGGAUGACAAACAGCAGCAACUACAGCAGCAGCAGCAGCAGCAUCAACAGUUUGCCUGUGCUGGAGACGAAUCGCGUUUGCAGAGGCGUCGCGGCUUUGAUGCACCCUGCGAGGCUACCGAUGGCAGCGACGCAAUUUCGGAAACCAAUCCAAAAGUUGCCGCUGCCAAUGAUAGCAAUCAAAGUACAUACACUGCUAACGAGAACAGUUCACAAACUCCGGCGCUCAAUACUAGUGGCUCUGGCGCAAUAACCCACUCAUCGGAAGUGCUGCAGAGCACUGCAAUUUGCGAUCGGCCCAAGGUGAAGGCCAGUAACAAGAAUAAUCGUAAACAGGCGGCUGCAUUAGCAGCCCAGACAUCGGCUGCCUCAACACCAGGGGGACAGCAGGGCCAGGUGUUGCCUCUGCAGCAGAAUCAAAUGGUCUCCAUUUACAACAACUUGCAAUUGCAGCAGCAACAGGAGCUUCAGUUACAGCAGCAAAUGCAGCAAACGCAGCUACAAUUGCAGCAGCAUCUGCAAUUGCAUCAUCAGCAGUGCGCCGCCUCUGUUGUGGAUUACUCCAAUUCGCCGGCCUCGCCAAUGGCUUCCCCAACAGGCUGCACUGGUAACAGCUUUGGUGAUCAGCAGCAACAGAAACAGCCGCCAUUGGAAGGAACUGGCAGUGAAGUGCUGCAGCACAAGGCUGCCAUGGAGGAGUUUCGUGGCCUGCUCGAGACAGCGGUCGUCUAUGAGUCAAGGCGUGGCAAUUCGCUGGCUCGAUUCAAUGAUAAGCUGGCCAAUGCUCCGCAAUUGAAGUUCUUUAAGGAUGGUUGGCAGAUGCACAAUUUUUUUGGAGAGCAACCCAAAUCCCCAACUGAGACGCCGCCUGAAAUGGAAGAGACGAUCAUGUCGCCAAGUAUGGAACGUGUCGAAACCCGGGCCGAAAUGAAGAAUCUGGCCACGCUCUGCUCUGCAGCCGCCAUGGCGGCUCAGGUGACAGCGGCAAAUAAGGAAAUCGACGAAAUUGCUACCGAUAUCGAGAGUGAUGAGGGUGAGGCCGAUGGUGAAGAAAAUACGCUGCCACCGGAACCUAUUGAGCUGACUGAUACUAUCAUAGAGGAGGAGGUAGUGGACGAUGACGACGAUGAAGAUGAUCCGGAUACCCAAAGCGGUGAAAUUGAUAAACUCACCUAUGAUGACGAUGAUGCGGAUGGGGAUGUUGACUACAUUGACGAAGACGAUGGCGGUGAGGACGACGAUGAGGACGACGAGUUCUUCCUGGACGUCGAUGUGGCCGUUGGCGAUCAGAGCGACGCCAACUCAAAAAGUGGUGCCGCUCUGCCUCCAAAGCAACGCAAAAUAUCAACAAGACUGGAGAAUCUAAUACUAACCAAACCCGAUGUGUUGUCUCAAUCAAUAUGCGAUUUCCGUCAGGAUAUGCCCAAUUCUGAACUGAUGCAUAUGCUGCCCAUUAAGGCGGCGGCCGCCAAUAAUGCAGCUUUGAAUAGUCUACUUCAACAGCAACUGGCAGCGGCCACUGCAGCAGCUGUGCACGCCAAGGCUCACAGCCAGCAGCACCAGGAUUCAGAGCAGUGUGAUGAUGCAGCAGCUGCAGCUGGGGAGCUGUAUGCCGGCCUAGAACACUUUGCAAGUGAUGGGGCCGAUGGAGGACAGUAUGACAUAACUGGUGAAAUGGAGGACAUAUUCCAGGAGCUGGCCAGCAAUCUGCACUAUCCAGAACUCGCCGAGUUCAGCCUUAAUCAGAUGUGCAAGGGAAGAUUCACUGGUCAUUGGUCACAAUCGUCCGGCAAAUGGAGCGGUCAGGAGCAGCUAUUGGCAGCAGCAGCUGCACAGCACUCGCAGGCGUUAUUGAGUGCCGGUGAUGCUUCAACGGACGCACAGCAGCGUCAAGCGAAUCUCGUGCUUCUGGAUUAUCCCAUGCAGUCGCAACAGUCGCUGCAGCAACGCUUGCUUGAUCCCGAGGAGCUGCAGAACAUGCAGCACCAGCAGACGCCUGUUGCAUUAUUGCCGUUCUCUGCGGACAAUGCCGCCGCUGGUGUUGCCACACAGCAACAACAGCAGCAGCAAAUUCAUUCAGCACUGCCCAACACCGCCGAGUUCCAGUUGCAGCAUCAGCAGCAGCAAAUGACGUUGGAAGGUGAUUCCGAGUUGAAGCAACAGUUGCAACAACUGCAUCAUUUGCAGCAGCAACAACACUCGAAUGCGCGCAUCAUUAAAGCCGUCGCAGCGGCAACCGGCCAACAACAACAACAACAGCAGCAGCAGCAGCAGCAACAACAGCAGCCGGCUGCCAAUUUUGUAUACAACGUGGAGAGCGGCGACAAGAAUGCGCCGCCAGUGCAGUUCUUGUUCCAGCUGCCACCGACCAUGGCGCAACAACCGCAGCAGCAACAGCAACAGCAACAACAACAGCAGCAGCAGGCUUUGGGCGAUCAGACAUCAGAUCAACAGAGCCAUCAACAACAAUUACUGCACUGUGAACAACAGCAGCAGCAUAUGUUUCAGCAACGCGCUGAGCGACUGCUUCAGCAGCAACAGCAGCGACCAUCCACACAAAGCGAAUUGGAGCAGGUGGCGCAAGAGUUGCUGCUGCAGCAGCGGCAAUCACCCGCCGUCGGUCCUGUUGGUGUUCAGGCGAUGCCCAUUCCCCAAAGUCUAAAGCAGAAGCACUUUAAUUUGCAGGAGCAGCUUUUGCUGCACCCCCCGCCACAUAUGCAGGCGCCUACAUGCGUACAGCACCAGGUGUCCACACAGACGCAUACUGGCUCCGUUGUAGUGCCUCAGCAGUUUACACAGUUUGCGCUGCAGCAGCAGCAGCAGCAACAACAGCAGCAGCAGCACCAGCAGCAGCAGACAACCCAACAACAACAGCAGCAAAAUGAACUAUCCAUUUGGCCAAUGUCCACGCCCAACACAGCAGCAGGGACAGCGGGAACUGGCGCCGCCAAGUCAAUGCCAGGCGGCAUUGCCAAGAAGGCAAUUGACAAGCAAUCUCGCAAGGAUCGACGCUGUUCCGGUUUCCGCCAAACACCAGCUGGAAGUCAAGUCAAUACCAAUCAGCAUCAGCAGCCGGUGGCAACAGCAACGGCGGUGGCGGCGGCAGCCGCAGCGGCGGCUGCUGCACAACAACAGGCACAAUUACAAAAUCAGCUGGCGGUUGCAGCCGUGGACAAAACAAUAGAGAUUGAUUCGGAAACAGAGUCAAAUCAUGAUACGGCACUGACGCUCGCCUGCGCUGGUGGCCACGAAGAGCUGGUGGAGCUGCUCAUCAGUCGGGGUGCAAAUAUCGAGCAUCGUGACAAAAAGGGAUUCACGCCUCUGAUACUGGCAGCCACAGCGGGACAUGAAAAGGUUGUAGAGAUUCUGCUCAAGCAUAAUGCUGAGCUAGAGGCGCAAUCGGAACGCACCAAGGACACUCCAUUAUCGCUGGCGUGCUCUGGUGGUCGCUAUGAAGUGGUCGAGCUUCUGCUCGGUGUCGGUGCCAAUAAGGAGCAUCGCAAUGUGUCCGACUACACACCACUCAGUUUGGCCGCCAGUGGUGGCUAUGUGAACAUCAUCAAACUGCUGCUCAACCAUGGCGCGGAGAUCAACUCUCGUACUGGCAGCAAACUGGGAAUUUCGCCAUUAAUGUUGGCUGCCAUGAAUGGACAUACGGCUGCGGUUAAACUGCUGCUGGAUCAGGGAUCUGAUAUAAACGCACAGAUUGAGACAAAUCGUAAUACGGCACUGACGCUCGCCUGCUUUCAGGGUCGUCAUGAGGUAGUAAGUUUACUGCUCGAUCGACGGGCCAAUGUCGAGCAUCGCGCCAAAACCGGCCUGACACCGCUGAUGGAGGCCGCAUCUGGCGGCUAUAUUGAAGUGGGUCGUGUACUGCUGGACAAGGGUGCCGAUGUAAACGCAGCGCCUGUGCCUACGUCGAGGGAUACAGCCCUCACUAUUGCCGCCGACAAGGGGCACCAAAAGUUCGUAGAACUGCUUUUGUCGCGCGGCGCAAGCGUUGAGGUGAAGAACAAAAAGGGUAAUUCACCUCUUUGGCUGGCUGCACACGGUGGUCAUUUGAGCGUCGUGGAACUGCUGUACAAUCACAAUGCAGACAUUGAUUCACAGGAUAAUCGACGCGUCUCCUGCCUGAUGGCCGCUUAUCGCAAGGGCCACACCAAAAUUGUGAAAUGGAUGGUACAGUAUGUGUCCCAGUUUCCCUCGGACCAGGAAAUGAUUCGGUUCAUUGGAACUAUUAGCGAUAAAGAGCUGACUGACAAGUGCUACGACUGUAUGAAAAUCUUGCGGUCCGCCAAGGAAGCACAGGCGGUCAAGGCCAACAAGAAUGCCUCCAUAUUGCUAGAAGAGCUCGAUUUGGAGCGAACACGCGAGGAAAGUCGCAAAGCGGCCGCAGCUCGUCGUCGCGAGCGCAAAAAGAAGAAAAAAAUGGAAAAGAAAGAGGAGAAGCGACGCCAGCAACAGGUUAGCAAUGGACCCAACGGCGGCGAUGAUGACCAGCAAGGCGACGACGACGAUGCUAGCGACAAUGACAAGGACGAUGACACUGACAAGGAGGACGACGAUGAGGAAACGCCGCCUGCACGCGAAGAAGGCGAUUCGGGCAUUGAUCAAGGCUCCUGCUCCAGCGGCGAUACAAAAGCGACGCGCCUUAUUACCAACCCGCCGGACAAUGUCAAUGCUAAUGGCAGCGGCAAUCCCUCGGCCAAAAAGACUAAGAAGCAACAACAGUUACAGCAGCAGAAGACUAAAACGCAGCAACAGAUUCUACCCGGCAGCGAAGCAGUCUCCACAUUACCAGCUGUUGCUCCAGUUGCUCCCACGCCCAAUGGAAAGAGUGCCGUUGCGGUUAAAAAACUGCCAGCAACUGAGAGCGUUAAACUGCCGUCCAGCAGCAGUCAACAAUCGGUUGGCCAGCAACUGAAGCGUCAGGCUGAUGCUAAAAAGGAGGAAACACUAGCGGCAACAACACCUGCAACAACUACACCCACUGCCAACAGCAGCAAGAAAACAGCUAAGGAAACAACCAGCAACAAGCGCGAAAAGGAAAAUCUGGCACCCAAGGAGUCCAUGCCAGUGCCAAAGCCACAAACUCCUGGUUCGACCAGCAAAUUGCAGCCGGUUAGCAACGAUUCCGCCAGCAACAUUGCAUCGCGCAAGGAUGUCGUAAAAUCGGGCAGCUCAACGGCUGGCACUGCGCAGGCCAAGCGUAGCGAAGUGGACGGCUGGAAGGAAGUGGUGCGCAAGAGUAGCGCCCAGCAGACGACAAUUGUAGGCUCGUCGGCUGGUGGCAUUCCCUCAAUUGGCGCUGGCGGCGCGGGCAGCACAAACGUAACGCCCAACAACUCGACGACCAGUGUGAAUAGCGGCGGGGCUGGGCAGCAUCAUCAUUCGGUGAGCAGUUCCAGUUCAAGCUCACUGGCCACCUCCGCACCAGAAAUGACAUGCAAGAAGGUGCAGGUGCCGGUAAAUGCCAUAUCACGUGUAAUCGGACGCGCCGGCAGCAACAUCAAUGCUAUUCGUGCCACCACUGGCGCCCACAUUGAGGUAGAAAAACAGGGCAAGAAUCAAUCGGAGCGCAGCAUUACCAUUAAGGGUCUAACCGAUGCCACAAAGCAGGCUCACAUGCUCAUUCUUUCGCUUAUCAAAGAUCCCGAUGUGGACAUAUUGCAAAUGUUGCCACGCAUCAACAGUAGCAUUAAGGCGGGCGCCACAAGUGCAGCCUCCGGUGGAGCCGGUAGCAGCUCUGCGCAAAUGACUGUCGGCACCUGGGAUAAUCGCACGGCUGCUUUGGGUGUAUCGGGCACAACGGCUGUGGGUAAUUACUCCUCGGCUGCAUCUACCACAUCCACAUCGUCGAGCUCCUCGGCCAGCUCAACGCCGGCUGUGGCAUAUAGUAACGCGCAAGUCCACAAUGCCAAACAACAGGCACCCGCUAGCGGCGCCAAAGCACAAAGCGGACGGGGUGGUGCCUCCAAGUCGAAUGCUGCCGGCGGAAAAGCAUCAAGUUCGUCGCGUGGUCAGAGCAGUCGAGCAUACAGUAGCUCGCAGCAGCAGUCGGCACGUGGCGGCACUUCCUUAUCCUCUUCCGCCAACGGUGUGGUCUCCACUCAAGCAUCGAAAACUAAACAGGAAAACUCAAGCACGGUCAAGUCGUCAGCCACGUUUACCAAUCAAAAGGGCUCUGCAGCAGUACAAGGCAAAUCGUCGCAGAGCUUUGGGAUGAAGGCAGCGCCAACUGCGACACAAUCGCCCAAAAAGCUGGAUACCAUUGGCGGCGUUAGUGCCAUCGGUGGACGGAGCAGCGGCGGUGUAGUUGUUGCGCCCUUUGGGCGUGGCAAGCCUGUGGGUGGCGCAAUUGCAUCCGUUUCGCAGCUGGGCAACAGUAACAGCAACACAUUGGCUGGACCAAUUGGCACCUUCAACGUGGCUGAUGUAGCCGCAGUGAAUGCAGCAGCAGCGGCGGCCGCUGCAGCCAGCGCAAACAACAACAGCAGCAACAACAAUAACAAUACCAACAGUAACAAUAACAGUAACAAUAUCGGCAACAACAACAACAACAACAACAGUAGUGGUAGCAGCAAUAAUGCCAAGCCACGCGCAGUUACGCCCAUUGCGCCGCCUAGCAAACGCAUUACCUCGCCCGUACCACAAACUCAACAGCAGCAGCAGCAGCAGCAGCAACAGCAACAGCAACAACAACAACAACAACAACAACAACAACAACAACAACAACAACAACAUCAACAACAACUUCCGCAGCAGCAACAAAAGCCACCACAAAUGCAAUCCCAAACAAAUAACAAUCAACCUCAAAAUUUGGUUAUCAAUACAAACAUAUUGAACGAUCUUAUGGCGGCUGAUAGCUUUAGUGCUCAACUGGCCGCCAAGCUGUCCAGCGCAUACUCCCUGUUCAGCGACUAUCAACAGUCGCAGUGGGGCAAACUGGCCGUCGAUGGGAAUGCAGCUGCUGGCAACACAGGCACUGGCAAUGCUGGCGGCUGUGGUCUUAAUACCAUGGUCGGCGAUGUGCUGCCACAGGCUGAUGCCUCCAAGGCACCGGGUUAUAAUCGCAACAUACUCAGUUCGCCGGUGGGCAGCUCAAAGGCCUCCUCGAAUCAUUCGACAUCGCCGCCAGUGGGCAACGCAGCGAUACCCAUGCAACAGCAGUCACAACAGCAGCCUCAGAACAGCCAGCAGAGCGUGCAACAAGCACUCAAUAUAAUUACCAGUGGUGCUGGCAGCGCGACAGCUGCAAGAUCACCGCUGGUAGGCGAGGCGGGAGCAGGCGGCAAUGGUGUCGCAGCAUCUGGAGUGGUGUCUGUCAAUGGCACGCAGGGUCAUGGCGAUGGGAACAGUGCGGCAUCUGCCCACUCGCCCGGCGUCAUUAAGCCGCCGACAGCACCAAUACAGAGGCCUACGCUUCCUAUGCAAAUGACCGCACCGGAGUCGACAACUGGUAGCAAUCUUGGAUCGGCGGCUGCUGCUGCUGCUGCAGCAGCAGCAAUAACGGCCAAUACUGCUAUGAUUGAUCGCCAGGUGCAGGAUUUGCAGCGUCUGCAGCGUCUUUAUGAUAAAGUUGGCACUCCCCAGCAGCUGCUUAACUAUCCCAUGGAGUCCUCGACGCCCUAUAUGGUAGAUGGAAUGAUGCGAGCGAAUCCUCGACCCUCAGUUUUUGCGCUUGGCAACAAUAAGGCGCAACAGCAGCCACCAACUGGCAGCAGUCAGACACAGGCCGCACAACAGUCUAAUAUGUUUGGCAAUCAGGGUCGACAAGCGCCUGGUGCACGUCCACAGCCCGUGGGCGGAGCAGCUGCUGUGGCACAGCAGCGCUGGUAUGGCGGCGCUUUAGAGUAUCCUGCUUAUAGCGGACGCGACAUGCUACAUCUAGAAAAUGGCGGUGCCUUGGCGGGAUUGAGCUCACCAUCUGCCAUGUCACCCAAUCAUGAUGACAUACGCAAGAUGCCGCGGCCCAUUGGCACUGAGCGUGCAGCUGCAUCAUGGAAGUACAACAACUACAAUGUGGCCGCAACAACACUCGGCAUGGAUGAUUCGCUUGUAAACGUUCACGUGCCGUGGGCUCAUGAGCCCAAGGCGCAGCCUCCAGGCCUACAACAACAACAGCAACAACAGCAGCAGCAACAGCAACAACAGCAGCCACCCAAUUGGCUAAAACAGCACUACAGGCCCUACAACAAUGGGCCCUAUCCGCAACAGCACGAGCCAAUGAAUAUGCCCAUGGAUUUUCACAAUAUGCAGCAGCAGCAGCCGCCCCCGCCACCACCACAGCAGCAGCAGCACCAGCAGCAUGUUAAUCUGAUGCCUCCCUCGUAUGGUUUUCAACACUUUGUGGGCGCGCACGGGGCAGCCGAUGUGUCGUCGCAUUUGCCCGAUAAGGUGGAGGUCUGGGAACACCAUGACAAGCACCCAUGGGCUAAUUAUACCUCAAACUGGUCAAAUUGAUGCGCGAGCGAACAGCAAGCUGCAGCUAAUGAAUGGACAUCAGGCUGGCAUGCUGCAACAGAUUAGAUCAGAUGAUGUUGCAUCUGUAUCUGAUCCAAUCUUAUCGGAUUAGACUACAUAUAACAAGGACAAGCAAAAGUCGUUGCCAAUAUAGAUGAAAGGAGUGCACAGCAAUACAAUAACCGGGCAAAGUCGUCAUAGAAAUGAAAUGCCAAUUGAUUCGAUUGUUUUUCAACAUUUUCUAUGCGGCUGCACGCACACCAAACACAAUUUCAGACACAAAUACACACCCACACGUACAGUUACACAACAACAAGCACACACACCCUCCCCCACCCACAUCACAUGCACACAAAUCAAUCGACCGACUCUCGAAUGCAGUGAAACAAAGAACCUUGGCCUUGUUCAUUAUUAGUUCACAAUUUAAGUUUUCUUUACCUUGGGCAACUAUUUAAAUUCACAGGUAAUUUGAAAUUUGGCAAAAAUCUUCCGAUUAGAACAUCAACAAGCUCCCCACCCCUCCUUCCCACACACACAUACACACACAUACACGCACACACACGCACACACACGCACACAUACACACACACACACACACACACACACACUGAGAACUGCACAACACACUCGUAUACUUGAAUAAAUACAUACACACACACUCGAAGACAGAAAUCAUGGAAAAAUUAUAUAUUAUUUAUUUUAAAUGUAAUUUGAAUAAUUUGAUAUUCCUUGAAGUAAACAAAUGUAUAAGCUAUUAUUUCGUGUGAUCAAACGAUGAAUCGAAAGGAGAGAAUCUAAUGAAGGAAAAGCACACACACAUUUAAUUUUAAGCUAGAACUCAGUCCUUUGAAUGAAAAUUAUAAAUAAUAUGAAAUUAGCGAAAGCUAAAAUCAUUACCAAACUUUAAACACAAACAUUAAAACAGAUAACACACGUAUGUAUAUAUAUAUACAUAUGUAUAUAUAUAUAUAUAUAUAUGUAUAUGUAUAUAUAUAUAUGCAUAUUUAAAAUUAAUUAAUAAAAAUGCCACAACAUGAAUAUUGAAACUGUAAAACUAGGCGCGCACUUUUUCUUCUCGAAAUGUUAAAAUGUCGACAGGUGGGCCUUGAUUAAAUCCUAGCUAGAAUAAAAACGGAAGCUGAAUAAAAGAAAGGAAAUAUAGGAAGCAAUAAUAAAUGCUUGCAGCAACAAUAACAGCAGUAACAAAAAACGCAUGAAAUUUACUUAAAUAUUCUACUAAGCUACAACAAAAGCUUAACAUUAAAUUCACUAACUGUUAAAACUAUGCGAAAAUCUACGAAAAGAAAAUGAAGCGAAUACAUAAUACAUGCGAAUACGCACACUCAAAUCUAAUACAUAAAAAAAAUUAAAUUUUUAGAGACUUGUUUUGUGUUAAAUUUGGCGUGGUCAUUUUUGACUGUACUUUAGUUCUCCUCAACUUGCACAGGGAACGGAUACUAGGAAUGUAGCUAGUAGAAAUUUGAAUUGCUUAAAAUUAACUUAAAGUAAAGCGAGCAUAAAGGUCGAGUAACAGUUUAAUAUUCCACUUAAAUACAAAAAUGCAUAAACGAAAUAAAUGAUAAACGGCUUGCCAACUUUUUAAUGCUUAUCCGACACUACGCGUAGCAGGUCCUAGAGAUAGAGCACAACAAUAAAUAGCAUAGAACGUGUUUCCACAAAUACAAAACUAUACAAAAACAACAACAACAAGAACAACAAGAAAAUAUGUAAAAACACUCGAUAAAUAAAUCUUGAUAAUAAACAGCGCGCUAACUGGCCAAUCGGUGCCGUGUGGCAGUAAUUGCUUUGUAAAAUGAAAAGAGUAUAACGAAAUAUACUUAUAUAUAUAUAUAUAUAUAUAUAUAUAUAAACAUAUAUAUUCAUAGACAAACGACGUAUGCACGCGUAUGCGUGUGCACAUUUGCGCUAAAUGGCCAACACUUGCAUAAAGAAAAAAUAAAAUAAAAUAUGAUAUGAGAUCAACUUUAACAGCGUUAAAACAACUAAUUUAAGAGAAUAAAAACGAGAAUAAACAAUAUAAUUUUUUUUGCCUGUUUGGUUUGUUUGUUUCAAACAUUGUUUUAGCUGCAAGCAAAUUAUGUAAUGAGAGCAAAAUGCAAAGAUUCGUUGAGAUAAUUAAAAAAAAAACUUGUCACAUAAAUACAUGCAAACACACACACAUACAUACACACACCAGACGGAUCAUAAAAAAAAUCAGAAAGUAACAAGUAAAUAGCUGCUUGUGCAGAAACAGCCGUUAUUUAGAUUCUUUAUCUAAACAAAGCAUAAUAAUAUAGAAUUUUUUUCAUGCGAAAAAAAUGAAAUUCAUAGAUUUAUUAAUUUAAAAAUUAUACAAAAAGUACUUCAA